AUGGCGGGCAAGGCCAUCGCUGGUGGGCUUUGUGACGCUGCUGCUGCGAUAUCGCCAUACGAGGAUGUCAGAGGUUACUUGCAGCAGACGGUGCUUCCUGCCCUCGGACCGGCCAUAGAAGACCUCUUGCAUCAAGUGCAUUCCUCGGGCGAGCUGCAGCGCGUGCUGCGCAAGGAGACAGAGGCCGAGCGGAAGGUCGUUCGAAAGCCGUCCGAAAUACAAGUGGAGGACCCUCCUGAAAAGAAGCAGAGCUCAUCGGGAAGCAGGAAGCCUUCUCUGACAGCGGGAGAGGGAAGCCAAAUUCUUCGUCGCUUCAGCAACGCCUCCGAGCUUGACAAGGCUCCACCUCCGGCUCCCCCUCCGGCUCUGGAAGCUGCGGAGGAGUCGCGGUUUGAUCCACUGGUUUGGCUGUCCGACUGCCUCAAGCAAUCUGCGAGCGGGGACGCGAGCUUUCGAGAGCAGAUUCGCGAGCGAGUGAUCCAACAGAUCAAGGCUGCAGAGGCAGCCGAGGAGGCCGAGCGUGCGCGAGCCGAAGCUGAAGCCGCGGCGGCACGGGUUGAUGACGGCGAGAUCACCACAAUCGCAGAGGGGGCUUCUGAGAGUGGUAACUGA